AUGCAUUCCACCGUCCCAGCAAUCUUGUCCCUGGCCGCUGCGGCUGCCGCCGGGCCCCUCGUCCUCGAAACUCGCCAGCAGAGUGUCGGCCAAAAGCCUAUUCUGGGUUGGAGCGGGUGGAACCAAGGAGGGUGCAAUGCCGCCAGCGCCAGCGUCGCCUUGACGACGGCCCAGAACUUUAUUAGUCGUGGGCUCAAGGACGCCGGCUACACCUACGUCAACAUCGACGACUGCUGGUCCACCAAGCAGCGCGACAGCUCGGGGAACCUGGUCCCGGACCCGGCUAAGUGGCCCAACGGCAUCAAGGCCGUCACCGACCAGAUCCACAGCAUGGGGCUCAAGUUCGGCCUGUACGGCGACAACGGCAUCAAGACCUGCGCCGGGUACCCCGGGAGCCAGGGCAACGAGCAAAAGGACGCCAAGCUCCUCGCCAGCUGGGGCGUCGACUUUUGGAAGUACGACAACUGCUACACCCCCUGCAACCUGACCGGCCCGCCGCAGACGUGCCCCAACAACCAGGCGCCGAACUCGCGCCCGCGGUACGAGACAAUGCGCGACGCCAUCAAGGCGACGGGCCGACCCAUCCUCUACUCCCUGUGCAACUGGGGCUACGAUCAGGUGUGGACUUGGGGCGCGCAGGUCGGCCAGAUGUGGCGGAUGAGCACCGACAACUGGGGUGGGUGGCAGGACGUGGUCAACAUUGCCAACUGGGCGGCGCCGAUUGCCAAGUACUCCAAGCCGUACGGAUUCAACGACCUCGACAUGAUGAUCAUCGGUAACGGCAAGCUCACACCGGCCCAGGAGCGCACUCACUUCGCCAUCUGGGCCAUUGCCAAGUCGCCCAUUAUUCUGGGAACCGACAUCAGCAAGCUGAGCAGUGCGCAGAUCGCACUCGUCACGAACAAGGACCUCUUGGCCGUCAACCAAGACUCCCUCGGUGUUGCGGCGACGACCUUCACCCCCCGCGGCGCCACCAACCCCGGCAGCGGCAACAUGCCCCCGUACUGGGCGGGCGCUCUCUCCGACGGCACCGUCGUCGCGCUCGUCGCCAGCACUGCCGCCGCCACCAUGUCAGUCAACUUCACCGAUGUGCCCGGCCUCGGCUCCGGCACCUUUGCCUGGAAGGAGCUCCUCACAGGAAAGCAGGGAACCGGCACUUCCGUGAGUGCGCAGCUGGAGAAGAACGACGUUGCCGUGUUCAAAGUGACAAAGGUCUGA